ACAACAGUAAGAAAUACUGUCUAGUGAGGUUUAUUGAGGACAAAAUUCUGUACAUAGGCAGUUGCCUACAAGGCAGUUGACUCCAAUUGAAGGAGAUUUGGUGUGGGCUCCAUAUAAAAAAAUGGGCUUUUAUGAAGCUCAUAUAGUUUUUCUCAAUAAUAAUAGAAAUAUAUUGGAAAAAAAGAAACGAGAUAUCCAAAUGAGUGAAGAUAUUGAAAGUCUGAAUGAUAUGAAUACUGCAAUUUCUACAUCUAAUCUCUGUGGUAAUGAAGAUAAUUCUAGAUGUUAUCCUACAUAUGAGGCAGAUGAUACAAAAAUAAAUCAAAAUAUUGCAGUUUCUGAAUGUGAUCUUAGUGUGGAGAGAGAUAAUUCAUUACAUGAUCCAACUUACAUACCAGAAGAUACUGAGACUGUUAAUGUCACAAAAACAAAUAAGCAAAAUAUGAGAUGUCAAAUCAACACAAAGUGAGAAUCGACUUCAAUGGGCUUCAAUGAAUGUAAAUCGACGAUAUCUGACAAAGUUAGAUGCAAACUCAUUCAAAUAUAUGAGAAAUGUUGAAAUUCGACUUCAAAUGAGGAAGAUAGACUUUGAAAAUUUUC